CUUAAAACUAAAAUUCAUUUCUAUUAUUCAUAUUCUCUUAUUUAUUUUUUCUAAAAUGAACUAACAAUUAGUAUAGGAUGGGGGAUGGCGCGCCGUACAUAACGGAUAAAACUAAAAUCUUCGAAUAAAAUCUCUGUUCUUCCCAAAAUCUCUCAUUUCCCCUAAACUCUCAUAUUCAUUGCUUCUUUCCAUUAACGUUUCAACAAAAAAAUGGCAGCACUUUCUGAACCAGUUUUCUUGUUAAAUCUAAACCCAUUAUUCACUUCGAAAAACCCAUAUCCCAUUCACUUUCUGAAUCUCCCAAAGUUACCUUCAAAGCCACUUGUCAUUGCCACGUGCUGUGCUGCAACUCCUCCUUCACCAUCACCAUCUCCUUCACUCCCUCAAGAUUCUGACCAAAACCCAUUUCAGACUUCCUCUGAAAGGAUUCGGGAUCGCCGGAAAGUGGUCCGGCUUGCUUGGGAGAAGCUUGUUAGAUGGUCACGUUCUUGGCGUUCAAAAGCCAAAACUGAUGUUCUUGAACGAACUAAAAAGGUGGUGGUGUUAGGUGGAGGAUCUUUUGGCACUGCAAUGGCUGCACAUGUUGCCAAUAGAAAGGCUCAAAUGGAAGUUAGCCUGCUUGUGCGUGAUCCUGCAGUUUGCCAAUCCAUUAAUGAAAACCAUUGUAAUUAUAAGUACUUCCCCGAACACAAGCUACCAGAAAAUGUGACUGCAACUUCUGAUGCCAAAACUGCUUUGCUUGGGGCGGACUAUUGCCUUCAUGCUGUACCUGUGCAGUUCAGUGCUUCUUUUAUUGAGGGAAUUGCAGAACAUGUUGAUCCUGGCUUGCCAUUUAUAUCCCUUAGCAAAGGCUUGGAGCUCAAUACAUUGAGGAUGAUGUCUCAAAUUAUUCCUCAAACAUUGAAGAACCCUCGCCAACCUUUUGUUGCACUAUCAGGGCCUUCUUUUGCGUUGGAAUUGAUGAACAAAUUACCAACAGCAAUGGUGGUGGCAUCAAAAGACAAAAAAUUGGCCAAUGCAGUUCAGCAGCUAUUGGCUUCCAGUUAUUUAAGGAUCAGCACUUCAAGUGAUGUUACAGGGGUCGAAAUUGCAGGUGCUCUGAAGAAUGUUCUUGCAAUAGCUGCUGGGAUUGUAGAUGGUAUGAAUCUUGGUAACAAUUCCAUGGCAGCUCUUGUAGCACAAGGUUGUUCUGAGAUACGGUGGCUAGCAACGAAGAUGGGUGCAAAGCCGGCGACAAUUACUGGUCUGUCUGGAACUGGAGACAUUAUGCUUACAUGUUUUGUAAAUCUUUCAAGAAAUAGAACAGUUGGAGUUCGUCUUGGAUCAGGGGAGAAGCUCGAAGAUAUACUCAGUUCCAUGAAUCAGGUAGCCGAAGGUGUGUCAACUGCUGGAGCUGUGAUUGCAUUAGCCCAGAAAUAUAAUGUUAAAAUGCCAGUCCUGACAGCCAUUGCUCGGAUUAUUGACAGUGAGCUAACCCCAAAAAAAGCUGUUCUUGAAUUAAUGAGCCUCCCUCAGGUUGAAGAAGUUUGAAACCUACUGUUCUUGUCAAGGAAGCGGGAUCAUGUAGCCAGGACCUGAUUGUCAUUUACCUUAACUUUUUUAUUUUUAUAUAUAAAAUACAUUUCCCUCAUAUUAUGCCUAAAUAGUAGGAAGUAAAUUACCCAUUGGAGAAAUUUGUUAGAUGAUUUAUUUUGCAAAGUGGGGGAUUUUGUUGCUGACAAUAAAUUUAGCUUUAAGCUGAUUCUUUUCAAGGUCAUUGUAUUUAUCUUUCAUGAUGUUCUUUGGUAAUUAAGAAAGGAAUCUUAUUGCAUGCUAUCUUAUAUAUCAGUUGAGAGGUA